UUUUCAUCUCUAAACAGAACUCUUACAACAUCACUCCGGGAAAUUUUUUACGUCAAUCUUGCAAAAGUUACAUGCAAGUAUCUUAAAUUUGUUUAAUUCAAUAGAAUUAAUCAAAAAUGUCCAUCUACAAAAUAGUACAACCCGUAAUUCAUAAACUGCAGUCAUUUAGUCAAAUAAAACCAUAUCGACUUUAUAAUCCAGCAAUUUUACAACAAAUCCCACUAAACCGUGAACUUCAUAACAAUAACCAAAAAACUCCGGAUUACAAGCUUACCUAUUUUGAUCUUCGUGCUAUCGCCGAGCCGAUAAGACUCAUAUUCGCCUACGCCAAAGUUCCAUAUAUCGACGAGAGGAUACCUUUUAAGAAAUGGUCGGACAUGAAACCAUCCACGCCACUGGGGAAAAUGCCGAUUUUGUACGUGGAUGGGAAACAAUUGACACAAUCUUCAACAAUUGCACGCUAUUUGGGAAAAAAAUACGGCCUUGUACCUAACGACGAAUUUGAUGCGGCCCGAUGUGACGAAGUGGUCGACAUACUGAAUGAUAUUGUUACUGUCUGGAGAAAUUUCCAAAUUAAUCGUGACCCCGAGAAAAAAGCCAAAUUAAAGGAAGAAAUGAUGGCAAAUCUUGUCCCGCUAUCGUUAAAACGAUUCGAAACUUUCGUAAUUGCCAACGAUAAUAAGCAUGUCGCCGGGAAUGAGACAUCCUGGGCAGAUUUGUCGUUGGCCAGUUAUCUAGAACUCUUUGAGCUCUCCCUGGACAAAAACUUAUUGGCCGAUCAUCCUGGCUUAAAGAAAUUUAAAGAGUACAUUCUUAAUUUACCAGAAAUUCAGGAGUGGAUUCAAAAUAGACCUCCAUUUAAGGCUGCAUAGGUUUUAUUUGGCAAUGUGGGACCACCACAUUUGACAUAUGCAAUUCUAAUUUAAGACUCUCUUAUAUAUUUAAGAGAACUAAAAACGAUUUGUGGGACAAGCCAAACUUCAAGCCAAGUACAAUUAUAUAACAAAUAGUUAUUUUUACAUAAUAUAAUUUCAUGCAAUAAAUUAACCGUUUCUCAUUUAA